UUCUUCUUCUUCUUCUUCUUCUUCUUCUUCUUCUUCUUCUUCUUCCCCAAUCUCCCAUCUGUUCUUCACCCAAAGCUUUUUCUUAUUCAAAGCCAAAGCCAAAGGCACACGCCACACGCCACACGCCACGAACACUGUACCCUCAGCUCCAAUUCCUACCCAAUCUUCCACGUUUUUCCCUUCUUCCAUUAAAAAUUGUGGAUUACCCAACAAUGGUUUCCGACUCGGAGCUCAUCGGCCGGCUCCGAGACUUUCUUCGCAAUUCCGACCUCAAUACCACCACUACUGCUAUCGUCCGCCGUAAGCUCGAGGAAGACUUCGGCAUUGAUUUGUCUGAUAAGAAGCGGUUUAUUAGGGAACAGGUCGACUUGUUUCUCCAGACUGAACAUGAGAAAGCCGUGGAAGAAGGUUAUGGCCAUUGCGAGGAAGUCGAACAGGAAGAUGGAGAUGAAAAUUUGAAGAUGGAAACGGAGGAUGGAGAUAGUGAAGACGGAGAUAACGACGAUGAAGACGAUGAAAAGGGUAAAACGAGUUCUGACAAGGCGAAGAAAAGAGGGGGUGGUUUUAGCAAGUUAUGUAGCCUUUCACCACAACUGCAGGAAUUUAUUGGAGCAACCGAAAUGGCAAGGACUGAGGUUGUUAAACAACUGUGGAACCACAUUAGAGAGAACAAUUUGCAAGACCCCAGUAAUAGAAGAAAUAUUCUCUGUGAUGAACCGUUAAAAGCACUCUUUGGUGUCAAUUCCAUCAACAUGUUUCAAAUGAAUAAAGCUCUAUCAAAGCAUAUUUGGCCUUUGGAAUCAAAUGAUGUUAUUCCAGCCAAAUCAAGUCAGAAAGAAAAGCAACAAAAGGAGAAGCAGCCAAAGGAGAAGCCACAAAAGAAGCGACAGAAGCAAGGGAAAGAAGAAGAUUCAGAUGACUCUGCAAGAGAGGAUAAGCGGCAAAAGAAAGGGAAAUCUGGUUUUCUUGCUCCUCUUCCACUUUCGGAUGCUCUGGUUGCAUUUCUGGGUACUGGAGAGGAUGCAUUGCCUCGCUCUGAUGUAGUGAAAAGAAUGUGGGAUUACAUUAAGCAAAAUAACCUUCAGAAUGGGAAAAGUGGUGGAGGCAAUAUGAGGGUUGACGUGGUUUUGUUAUUAUGCAAAGUAGCAAAGGUGAAAACUAAAUCCAACCUUUGUUGGUGGAACAAGGAACUUUUCAGAAACAUUCAUCCUCAAAUGGUUGAUUUAUCAAAUUCCAUUGAUGAUUUAUCAAACUACAAGAUGGAUUGCGAGGAAAUCUAUGAAGAAACUAAAGCAUACAAGAACGGACCCUUCUGACAAAAGGAGAAUAAUUUGUGACGAGAGGCUAAAAGAACUCUUCGAUGUCGAUUCCUUUAAUGGGUUCACUGUUUCGAAACUCCUGGCCACGCAUUUUAUAAAGAUGAAACAGUAAGUUUCUCCUACACGUUGUCUUUGUUGAUGCAAGAGAAUCUAGAAUUUUGCUUGAGAUAGUUUUAGUGGUCUCUUCUUUGUGUGUUAUUCUCUGGAAUUCACCAACAAGGCAAUGGAAAAUCUGUUUUUAUUGACCUUGUGUUA